AUGCUUCCCUCCAGCUCGACUGUCGCUUCGCUAGCCACUCAGCACCCGCUGGGUGGUAUGGGUAUGCAGAAAAAUCCCCAGUCUGAGCAGGUCUUCAAUGCACCCAAACGCCGUGAGAUAUUCCAAGCAUGGAGCGCAAUCGACGAUGCAAAGACCAAGGCAGCCAGCAUCGGCAAAGAAGCAGCUCGAGAGUUUGAACAUGCAAGCGAGAAGGCGCAGCAGAAAACGGGCAAAAUCGAGCCCUGGUCUGCCCAGUACUAUGCCGCUUGCACUGUGGGCGGAAUGUUAGCCUGUGGAGUUACUCACACUGCCGUCACCCCUCUUGACCUGAUCAAAUGCCGUCGUCAAGUCGAUUCGAAGCUUUACAGCAGCAACACACAAGCUUUCAGCAAGAUCCGUGCUGUCGAGGGUAUUCGCGGAGUCUUCACCGGCUGGGGGCCCACUUUCUUCGGAUACAGCGCUCAAGGAGCAUUCAAAUACGGUGGAUACGAAUACUUCAAGAAGUUUUACAGCGACCUAGUCGGUCCGGAAAAUGCUCAGAAGUACAGGACUGCCAUCUAUCUGGCUGGCAGUGCUUCGGCCGAGCUGAUCGCGGACAUUGCUUUGUGUCCCUUUGAGUCGGUCAAGGUGCGCAUGCAGACCACCAUUCCAUCCGAGUUCCAGGGCACUUUCAGUGGUAUUUCGGCCAUUGUUGCGAAGGAGGGUUAUUCUGGAUUGUACAAGGGUCUGUACCCACUCUGGGGUCGACAAAUUCCAUACACUAUGAUGAAGUUCGCGUCCUUUGAAACUAUUGUGGAGACGAUCUAUAACAAACUCCCGGGCCAAAAGUCAGAUUACAACAAGGGUGCCCAGACCGCCGUGGCUUUCACUGGUGGUUACAUGGCUGGUAUUCUCUGUGCGGCAGUCUCGCAUCCGGCCGAUGUGAUGGUCAGCAAGUUGAAUGCGAAUCGCCUGGUGGGAGAAGCAUUCGGUGCUGCGAUGAGUCGCAUCUACGGGGAUAUCGGAUUUGUGGGUCUGUGGAAUGGAUUGCCUGUCCGUAUUGUUAUGGUUGGCACUUUGACUGGUCUCCAAUGGAUGAUUUACGAUUCGUUCAAGAUCUUUAUGGGGCUCCCGACAACUGGUGGCUCUUCAGAAGAGAAGAAGAAGAAGUAG